UCACAUGGUCCACGGCCUGUUCGACGGAAUUCCCCGCCGGGGCGUCUCGCGUUGGGGCUCGGCCGGCCGCCCCCGCACAGGAUGCUCUUGCGGGUCUACGUGGGCAUGCUGGCACGCGGAGCCACACCCGACGCGUACACGUUCCAGCCCUUGCUCAAGGCGGUGACAGCGGCCGCGGAGCGGGGCGCAGUUGGGGAUGCUGUUCACGCGCACGUGGUUAAGUUCGGCAUGGAACUGAACGCCCAUGUGGCGAGCUCGCUGGUCCUCAUGUAUGCGGCCAGGCGCGACGGCGCGGUGGCCCGGACUCUGCUGGACGCGUGGCCUGCGAGGGGUGGAGACACGCCCGUGGUGUGGAAUGCGCUUAUCUCCGGCCACAGGAGGAGCAGGCAGUUCAGGCUGUCUGCUGCCCUUUCGUGGAUAUGGUGGACCGGUGUGGUGCCGACGCCUGUGACCUACAUCACGGUGCUCUCAGCUUGUGGGAAAGACAAGUACAUCUGGCUUGGAAUGCAGGUGCACAAGUGCGUCGUGGCAAGCGGGGUGCUGCCUGAUCUCAAGGUGGGGAAUGCGCUUAUAGAUAUGUACGCGGAAUGCAGUGAGAUGGACGCAGCUUGGGAGUUGUUUGAAGGCAUGGAGGUCAGGAAUACUGUGUCCUGGACAUCGGUUAUCUCUGGGUUUCUGAGACUAGGCCAGGUUGAUCAAGCCAGGACACUGUUUGAUUGUAUGCCUGAGAGGGACACCGUCUCCUGGACUGCUAUGAUUGAUGGUUAUGUACAAGCUGGCCAGUUCAGAGAGGCAUUGGAGAUGUUCCGUGAGAUGCAAUUUAGCAAGGUGAGGGCAGAUGAGUUCACAAUGGUCAGCGUAGUCACGGCAUGCGCGCAGCUUGGUGCUUUAGAAACAGGUGAAUGGGCAAGGAUUUACAUGAGCAGGCAUGGGAUCAAGAUGGAUACUUUCGUUGGCAAUGCACUCAUAGACAUGUAUUCAAAGUGUGGGAGCAUUCAGCAGGCGUUGGAUGUGUUCAAAGAGAUGUACAUUCGAGAUAAGUUUACUUGGACUGCUGUUAUACUUGGUCUUGCGGUAAAUUGCCACGGUGAGGAGGCUAUCAAUAUGUUUUACUGGAUGCUUAGGGUGUUUGAAGCUCCAGAUGAGGUGACAUAUGGUGUCCUCACUGCAUGCACUCAUGCUGGCUUGGUCGACAAAGGACGAGACUUCUUUCUCAGCAUGACUGGGUCCUAUGGGAUUGCUCCUAAUGUGAUGCAUUUUGGAUGCUUAAUCGAUCUUAAUGUGAUGCAUUAUGGAUGAGUAUGUUAAAAGUCCAAUAAAAUUUAUUUGGUGUUCUUAAGUUUCUUUUACUAAAAUGUCAUACAUAAUUCAGUUUGGAACUUGCCAAGAUAUAUGAUACUUGCAGCCUGUCCAGCUUUUCAGAGACUUCCAUGGAGGAAAUUCUUGUAGUAAUAUCGAUUUAUAUUCUGGCCUGAAAUUGGUUAUUUUGUGCAA